AUGUGGUCAACUACAUUAACGAAAUUAUUUCGUCAAACGCGCCGAAGAAUUGCAAAUGCUUGCGUGUCUAAACUUUUUCUAUUCUCCGCCGCGCACGGUCUCUAUCCGUACAAAUACAACUCGAAUACACGACGCUUUACCACAUCUAAAUGGCUUGCAUACUAUUGGCCAUUGGCAAAUGUCCUUAUAAUCACCUUGAUUAUCUAUACAUAUCUAUUGAAUUUAAAACUAACCAUAGUGGAGUUAAUAGCGGCCAAACCUUUAAAUAUCCUACUCGCCUGCAUUCAUUGGCUAUUCAGCAUAACCGCACUGUUCGUGAAUUUAACCAGAAAUUGGUUUGGUAGACAUGAAUUCUUGAGUUUGCACAAUACACUGCUCGGUUUGCACAAUCAACAGCAAAGGUGGCAACAAAAGUGGUCCAGCCAAAAACCGAAUCAAAAACUGGCAGAAUUCUACGAUAAUUACCUAAUAGCCAAAUGUGUAAUGACACUACUCCAGAUUGCCUCUAGCAUUCGUACGAAUCUUGGCAUCAAACCACAUCCAACAUUAGAUUAUGUAUUCCAUGCGCUUGCGAAGGUAUUGGUGAAGAAUGUGACACUUUUGACUGUCGCCAAUUUCUACUUUGCACUGCUGAAUAUUUGCCAGCAGCUAAAGCAACUUAAUUGCAAUUUUAAAGAAGUAAUGGAGCGCAGCGCUGAAAACGUACAUAGCGUUCACAAUUUACCAAGCGAAGAUUUUACUGAUAUUGAAUUCGAAAUGCGGUACUCAAUAGUUGGCGGUGACAACAAAGCGAAAGCGUGUAGUAGUUGUAGUAGUAGUAGAACUAUUGGUGCGAUUGCAAUUGGCGAUUUGUGUCGCCAAUAUAUGGAGUUGUGCCAUUUGACGAAACGCAUUUACAAGCUGUUCGAAUGGCAGGUGCUGCUAUUUCUCGCCAUCAUGCUGUAUGGUGGCGUAAUGUCGAGCUUCUACUUUCUCGUAUAUUUGGGUGGCAAAGUCUGGUCAAAAGAUUUAUUCUCGCCAACGUUGUUUUUACAAAUUUUUAUCGUCAAUAUAUUGGAUUUGUAUUGCUAUAUGGUUUUGUGUGAAGAGGCAAUGACGGCCUCCAAAGAGACGACUUUCUUGUUGAGAGAAUUGUAUCAGCUGCAAGGACUGUCAAAGGAUAUUGAACAAGAU